AGGAGGGGCAGCCCAUCACUGUACUACAUAACUUUUAAAGGCGUAGGGCAGGAUUUAACGUCAGGAAAGAAUCGGGUUUGGAAUUUUAUCCUGAUCACGACCACGCACCAGAGCAAUCGAUUGGAGAAUCUGUGAACACAGAUUGAGAUGCUCUGAGAACAGCCACCUGAAUGAACAUUUGUGAUGAUCUAAUGGCAGACCAAAGAAUGGACAUUUCUUCAACAAUGAAUGAGUUCAUGUCCCCCGGAGCCACCAACCUGAUCAGCAGCUCCAUCAACACUUCAGGCAUUGAUUACACACGGAAGAGGAAGGGCAGCUCCACCGAUUACCAAAUUGAUGGAUUUCCUUUUGAUGACAGCAUGGACACAGACAAAGAUAAACAACUUGGAAGGGACUGUGUGGAGCAGCCAGGCCGGAUUAAGAAUGCCAGGGAGGCCCACAGCCAGAUCGAGAAGAGGAGGCGGGACAAGAUGAACAGCUUCAUCGAUGAGCUGGCGUCAUUGGUGCCCACCUGCAAUGCCAUGUCCCGCAAGCUGGACAAACUGACCGUGCUACGCAUGGCUGUACAGCACAUGAAGACGCUACGAGGUGCUGCAAACCCUUACACAGAGGCAAACUACAAACCAGCUUUCCUUUCAGACGAUGAGCUGAAACACUUAAUAUUAAGGGCUGCUGAUGGCUUUCUGUUUGUCGUUGGCUGUGACCGUGGGAAGAUUCUCUUUGUGUCAGAGUCGGUCUAUAAAAUCCUGAAUUACAGCCAAAACGAUUUGAUUGGACAGAGUCUGUUUGACUAUCUGCAUCCGAAAGACAUUGCCAAAGUCAAGGAGCAGUUGUCCUCAUCAGACACAGCACCACGGGAGCGACUCAUUGAUGCCAAAACUGGUCUCCCCGUGAAGACGGACAUCGCCCCCAGCCCGUCCCGGCUGUGCUCUGGGGCCAGGCGCUCCUUCUUCUGCCGAAUGAAGUGCAACAAACCCUCGGUGAAGAUGGAGGACAAAGAGUUCCCCUCCACCUGCUCCAAAAAGAAAGCUGACCGCAAGAGCUUCUGCACCAUCCACAGCACAGGAUACCUGAAGAGCUGGCCACCCACCAAGAUGGGCCUGGAGGAGGACAACGAGCCUGACAACGAGGGCUGCAACCUCAGCUGCCUGGUGGCCAUCGGCCGGCUGCACCCCCACAUCCUGCCCCAGCCCACCCACAGCGACAUCCGCAUCAAGCCCACUGAGUACGUCUCGCGCCACGCCAUCGAUGGCAAGUUCGUCUUCGUCGAUCAGAGAGCAACUGCGAUUCUGGCCUAUUUACCCCAAGAGCUCCUGGGAACGUCGUUCUACGAAUAUUUCCACCAGGAUGACAUUGGCCACCUGGCUGAAUGCCACAGACAAGUUCUGCAGAUGAGAGAGAAGAUCAGCACCAGCUGUUACAAGUUCAAGGUGAAGGACGGGUCCUUCAUCACCCUCAGGAGUCGCUGGUUCAGCUUCAUGAACCCCUGGACCAAAGAGGUGGAGUACAUCGUCUCCACCAACACCGUCGUCUCAGGCAGUGCGCUUGACGGCACUGAGCCGGGCUAUCCUCAGCUGACCGCGUCUCCGCAAAGCAUGGACAGUGUACUGACUGCAGGGGAUGGCACCGGGAAACGGGCUCUCCAGACUGUGCCUGGCAUCCCAGGGGGCACACGGGCAGGGGCGGGCAAGAUCGGGCGCAUGAUUGCUGACGAAGUGAUGGAGAUCCAGAGGAUUCGGGGUUCUUCUCCCUCCAGCUGUGGCUCUAGUCCCCUCAACAUCACCAGCACCCCCCCGCCAGACACAUCCUCCCCAGGGGGCAAGAAGAUUCAAAACGGCGGAAUUCCAGACCUCCCAUCUGGAGGGAUGAUCCCAGGGCCAGACUCCAUUGGGUACCCAUACUCCAACAACUCCAUCACCAGUGAGAACUCUCACCUGAGCAUCAGCAUCAUGGACGAGCCGGGCUCCAGCAGCCCCAGUCACGACGAGGCGGCCAUGGCGGUCAUCAUGAGCCUGCUGGAGGCUGACGCGGGGCUGGGGGGCCCUGUGGACUUCAGCGACCUGCCCUGGCCUCUGUGAGAGCCCUCCCUGCCCCCAGAGAGGAGACCCAGUGGGGCGGGGCGGGAGACGUGGGAUGGACUGGCGGAAGGACGGUACGCUCUUCUCGUGAGAAUAAGCAGGACCUGGUCCGGACUCGGUUCAGCACUGCCAGGUAGAACUAGGAAUCAUAUAAGCUCCGGACAUGGCUCGCAAAGGAUUCUGGGACGGUUUGGCAUUUGAAGCCCUCUGACUGACCGGGAGCAGAAGUGUCAACGCCUCCUGUCCUGAUCCGGUUCUCCGGGUGCUCUGUGCAGUUACCAUGCACCAGGAUCACCGGCAGGGUGCCAUUUUCUUUCACACGUGCUGUUUUAGUGUUUGAGUUUUUACACUACAGAUGUUUCCAUGUUCAAUAUUUCCUUGUACAUACAUGUUUAUUCAAUCAUGUAAGAAAUCUUUUCUCUAAAUAUAUGGUUAAAAGUAUCUUGCAUCAGCAUUGAGAUAUUUUUUAAAUAAAAUGUACAUUUAUCUGGAA